AUCGUUGAGAACGAGCGAUCAAGUGAUAAAAGUCUACAUCGUGUCGCAGUACUAAUCUCCAUUCGUGACAAGUUUACUCUUCACCAGGAUAUGUGCCUCUGUUGCGGUAGUAUUGGUAAGGGAAUAGAUAAUUCCUUAAUUGCAUGUUUUCAAUGUGGACAAUCCUACCACCACUACUGCGUUUCCGCUAAGCUGACACGAUCUGUGAUCGUGAAUGGUUGGCGAUGCCUAGACUGUGCCGUAUGUGAAGGAUGUGGUAAGGCAGGCGAUGAAGAUCGUCUCCUACUAUGUGAUGAGUGUGAUAUUAGCUAUCAUACAUAUUGUUUGAACCCACAAUUGGACAAGGUUCCGGAAGGAGAAUGGAAAUGCCAUCGUUGUGUUUCAUGCCAUGAUUGCGGUAGCAACUUUCCUGGGAUUAACUGUCAGUGGACAUCCAACUAUACUCAAUGUGGUCCAUGUGCCAGUACAUCCGUUUGCCCAAAAUGCAACAAAAAAUAUGUUAAUGAUGAUAUAAUUGUUCAAUGUAACAACUGUGAUAGGUAUGACUGCUAG